AUGAAGCCACACAGACUUCUCGGCUUCCUCAGCGGGGCCUGGCUCACCCUGGGCUGCCCCGCCGCCGAAGCCACACCCACGCCACCGCGCGACUUGGGCUUCGCGCACACGCGCGAGUACGCCAUCAUCGGCACCAACGUCUACUCCUACCUGCUGUCCGAGCCCUCGCCCGCCGCCGCCGUCGAUCCCCACCUCACGGCGCUGGGCUACCGCGUCGUCGCCCCCGACAUGCUGGGCUACGGCCGCACCAACGCCCCGCUCGACACCAAGCGCUUCUCCCUCAAGAACAUGUCCGACGACCUCGCCCGCCUCGUGAAAAAGGUCGCCGGCAACGAACAGGUCAUCCUCGGCGGCCACGACUGGGGCGGUGCCAUGGUCUACCGCGCCGCCCUUUGGCACCCCGAGCUGUACAAGGGCAUCUUCAGCGUCUGCACCCCGUACUUCCCGCCCACCACCCAGUACGUCGACCUCAAGGACCAGAUCGCCGCCGGCAUCACCCCUUCCUUCGGGUACCAGCUGCAGCUGCGCGAGCCCGCCAUCGACCUGAAGCUGCUGGGCUCCGCCAAGAUCCGCCAGGUCCUGCUCGCCCUCUACGGCGCCACCACCCCCGCCGGCCAGCCGGGCUUCGACGCCCGCACCGGCCUCCUCUUCGACAACAUGCCCAAACUGGGCUCCUCCCCGCUCGUCAGCGACGCCGACGUCUCCUACUACACCACCGAGUACCUCAAGAACACCAUGCGCGGGCCCCUGAACUGGUACCGCACCGCCCAGGUCAACUUCCAGGACGAGCUCGCUCUCCUGCGCACCCCCGGCGGCAUCAACUUCACCAUGCCUGGCCUGUACGUCGGCGCUACCCUGGACACCGCGCUGCCACCUUCGAUGUCGGUGGGCAUGGAAAAGUAUUUCCCCAAGGGCGGCCUGACCAGGGGCGAGGUCGUCGCUUCCCACUGGGCUCUUUGGCAUGCCGCUAGGGAUGUUAACGUCCUUCUCGGUCAAUGGAUCUCGGGCCUCGAGGCGGCGUCCCCAAGCAUUAAUCGCGCUGCAGAUGCUGACGCUGACCCUUGCUCAUCGAUCAAGCUCGCUGCCCGCCGCCUCCCCGCUUUUUCCCGACCCUGCCAUCGAUGA